AGAGAUGUCUUCCAGACAUUUGCAGUUCCGAGCUUCCUCUUUCACUCAUCUGUGGAUGGUAACUGUGCCCCUCUCCCCCAGAAGCUUCCUGUUGGGGCUUCCUCCCCGGACAGACAGGCAGGUCUAGAAACUGGACAGUCCUGGAAACUCCUGGCCCCUUAAACAUGGACAGGCUGCUGCUGCUGCUGCUGCUGCCCCUGCUACGGGCGGGGUCCCUGCAGCAGAAUCCGUGGUACCAGCUGCAAGUGCAGGAAUCGGUGACAGUGCAGGAGGGUUUGUGUGUCCUUGUGCCCUGCACCGUCUCCUAUCCCUUGCUUGGCCAGACCGACUCUACACCCAUUUAUGGUGAAUGGUUCCAGAAAGUGGAUAGACCAUCCCAAAUGGACCUUCCCAUGGCCACAAACAACCCGGGCAGGGGAGUAAAAAAGAAGAGAAAAAUCCCAUUCCACCUCCUCGGGGACCCUGGGGCGAACAACUGCUCCCUGGGCAUCACAGACGCCCGGAAGGGGGACAGUGGAAACUAUUAUUUUCAGCUGAUGAGAGGUGAUGUGAAACAUAGUUACAAAAAUAACCUGCUCAUUGUGAACGUGACAGGGGUCCCCUCUGCGGUCUGGCUUCUCCCUCUCUGCUCUCCAGCGCUGACACGGACCCCCGAUAUCUACAUCAAGGAGCCCCUGGAGUCCGGCUCUAGCAGCCACGUGACGUGCUCCGUGCCAGGGGCCUGUGACCGGGCCACGCCGCCCACCAUCUCCUGGACCGGGGCUGCCCUCCGCCCCCCGGGACUGGACUCGAAGGGGGCCUAUAACUCCUCGGAGAUCCUGCUCACCCCCGGCCCGCAGGACCACGGCACCAACCUCACCUGCCGGGUGACCUUCCACAGGGCUGGCGUGAGCACGGAGAGGACCGUCAUGCUCAACGUGUCCUACGCCCCCCAGAACCUGACCAUCAGCAUCUCCCGAGGAAAUGGCACAGAGCUGAAUUACCUGGGGAACGGCUCAUCUCUUCCUGUCCUGGAAGGAGAAUCUCUGCGCCUGGCCUGUGUCACCGACAGCAACCCCCCAGCCACACUGAGCUGGUCCCGGGGGAGCCGGACCCUGAGCCCCUCACAUCCCUCGAACCCCGGGGUCCUGCAGGUGCCCCGGGUGGUGUCGGGCCAUGAAGGCGAAUUCACCUGCCUAGCUCAGCAUCCUCAGGGCUCCCUGUGGACCUCCGUGCGUCUCUCCGUGCAGAACGCCCCGCAGCUGCUGGGACCCUCCUGCUCCCAGGAGGAGGAGGGUCUGCACUGCGACUGUUCCUCCCGAGCCCAGCCAGCCCCCUCCCUGCGCUGGCGGCUGGGGGAGGGGCUGCUGGAGGGGAAUUUCAGCAACGCCUCCUUCAAGGUCACCUCCAACUCGGCUGGGCCCUGGGCCAACAGCUCCCUGAGCCUCCGCGAGGGGCUCAGCUCUGGCCUCAGACUCGGCUGCGAGGCCCAGAACGUCCACGGGGCCCAGAGCGCCACUGUCCUGCUGCUGCCAGGGAAGCCCAAGCUUGGAAGAGAAUUCAUUCUGGGGGCCGUCGGAGGAGCUGGCAUCGCUGGCCUGCUCAGUCUCUGUUCCUGCCUCAUCUUCUUCACAGUGAAGACCUUCAGGAAGGCCCCCGGUGAGAAGGAUGCGCCCUCCAUGCUGGGUCCCACCUCCCAGGCUCCGUCAGCUCAAGGACCUUGGCAGGUGUGUUUGGUUCAUCGGGACCCUCUGUGCAGCAUGAUGCAUGUCAUACAGCAUGUGCUCAAGAAACGCCUGCUGAAUAUUUCUCGAAUGAAAGAAAGGGUGAAUGUAUGGAAGAGAAGAAGGGCUGAAAGUUCUAGAAGACGAUAAAAAUGGCUGUCAGUGUCAUUCAUUCAAAGAGUACCCUUUAAGCCCCUACUGUGUGAUAGGGGCUUUCUACUUUCUAGGGAUGCGAGAUACCACCACAAACAAGAGGAACAAGAAGACUUUGCUGGGCUUACAAUCUGGAGGAGAAGCGUGGAGACACGACAGAUUAAACACCUGUUUCCCUCCAGAAGGCGACAAGGGGAGGCCUCGGGAUCUGAGAGGCAGUGAUGAGAAGGAGCCGGUCAUGCAAACCGAAGGGGAGGGGCUUCCCUGGUGGCGCAGUGGUUAAGAAUCCGCCUGCCAGUGCAGGGGACACGGGUUUGAGCGCUGGUCUCGGAAGAUCCCACAUGCUGCGGAGCAACUAAGCCCGUGCACCACAACUACUGAGCCUGCGCUCUACAGUCCGCAACACAACUACUGAGCCCGUGUGCCACAACUACUGAAGCCUGCGCUCUACAGCCCGCGUGCCACAACUGAGCCUGUGAGCCACAACUACUGAAGCCCGUGCGCCUAGAGCCCGUGCUCCGCAACAAGAGAAGCCACCGCAAUGAGAAGCCCGCACACCGCAAGGAAAAGCCCGCACACCGCAAGGAAGAGUAGCCCCCGCUCACCACAACUAGAGAACGCGCACAGCAACGAAGCCCCAACGCAGCCAAAAAUAAUAAAUAAAUUAAUUAAUUAAAAAAGAAGAGGAAAAUCGUCACAGACCAUGCGAAUGGCAAGUGCAAAGGUCCUGAGGUAGGAUUGAGCUUGGCCUGGCCUAGAAUCUGAGGGGUGGUUGGGCGCUCGGGCCAAGGCAGAGGCAAGAUGAUCCUCAAGUUACUCCAAAGUCCCCGGGCUCCUUAAGGAGCAUCUCUUCAUUAAGUUCCUAACCAAGGGACAAACUUGGCAGUGAGUAAGUGGUCCCCAGAGAGUGAGCUGUAGUGAUCCUGAAAGGGGCCGUUCGGUCUUUAGCUUUUAAAUUUCCAUGGUACUGGGGGUGGGGGACAGGGAGGUACUGAAAGACAGGCCAGCACUGACGGGAAGGCUGGACUCACCCACUCGGUAAAUAUGGGUGGAAUAUUUAUGAGCCAGGCCAGCGAUGUGAGUGGGAAGCACAGAGAUGCAGAAACAGACGUGACCCGGCCCUCCCGGAGCUCACCACCAGCAGGUGACCAAACUCUGGGGGGUCCGGGCAGAGGCAGAGCCCUGGAGGAGAGGGCUAGAAGAGACUUAGCAGCCGCCUGCAGGGACAGGGCUGGGGGCAGAGAGGGGUG